GCAAACGCCAGCAACAUGCAGCUGCCACAUCAUUGUCAUGCCACAAAUCCGUUGCGCUUUCCUCAAGCGCCAAGCAAACGGCAUUGUGACAAUUUCGGCAGCUAUGCCACAUUGCCAGCCAACGAGCAGCAGCAGCAGCAACACGCCUACGCCUGCAAUCGCCAUUGUCCAGCGCAGUCAGCAGCAGCCCCACCGCCUCCUCCGCCACCACCAGCAGCAGCCAUGUCCGCGCAUAUAAAUCCACAAUGCUGUUAUAUGUAUAAUCCACACUAUGCUGCGCCGCCGCCGCCACCGCCACAGCUUUGCCUAUGCGAUAAUUGGUACCAACAGCAGCAACAUGCACAGCAGCAGCAGCAACAUGCCACACGCAGCAAGCCACUUGUGCAGAAUGGCGGCGGCUGCUACUUUGGCUACGAGGGUCUGCAUGCCAGCCAUAUAACCGAUGAGGAGGAUUCCGCAUUUCCAGCCCUCGCUGAUCGUGAAUUCCACUUGCUGCAUCGCAACAUUCCUGCCCUCAGACGCACUGGCGUCGAUACAACGCGCAUACGGCAGUACUUUUAUCCCGAUGGCGGCUGGGGCUGGAUCAUUUGCGGCGUCUCCUUUCUGGUGCACAUCCUGACCACUGGACUCCAGUUGAGCUAUGGCCUCUUGUCCUUCUAUGCGGUGCAGCAUUUGCACAACACCAGCGGCAUAGAGCUGCUGGGCGCACUGAGCUGGUCGAUUUCCAUGCUGGUCAUACCCUUUGUUGUCUCGCUGUGCCGCAAGCGCUCGAUACGGCUGCUCUCGAUUGUGGGCGGACUGGUGAUGCCGCUGGGCAUACUCUUUACAUCAUUUGCCACCGAAUUCGGGCAGGUUGUGUUCAGUUAUGGCAUUGUUUUUGGCAUUGGCGUUGCGAUGGUGCGAGAGGCUUCAACCGUGAUGCUCGGCAAUUACUUUAAGCGUCGGCGGCAAUUCGUCGAAAUGGUGGCCAUGUCCGGCGAGGGGGUGGGCAUUGCUUUAUUCUCGGUGAUACUUAAGGAGGGCGUCGGCAAGGCGGGCUGGCGCCUUGGCCUGCAGAUUGUGGCCGCCCUCAUGGCUCUCAGUUUCUUCAUGGGUCUGAUGUAUCGACCCGCCUCGCUCUACCACCCACAGCGUCGUGCCAUUCAGCACUUGAAAAAUCAACGCAAAAAGUUACGUGAAAAGAAGCCAAUCAUUGCCCAUGAGCUGGAGUCGUCGCCCACGCGUUAUCUAUUCCUGGACAUAUCAUCGCUUCGAUCUGUUACCGUUAAGAUUCUAUUAAUGACCUCCAGCGUCGCUGCCCUGGGCAUCUAUACGCCCAUGUUCCUCAUGGCACUUAAUGCAGCCAAAGAGGGCUCCGAUGUUCAGGAGCUGGUGCUGCUGCAGACCUUUCUGGGCAUCUCCAUGGCGCUGGGCGUCGUUAUAGCGGGCGCUCUGCUGCGUCGCUGCUUUGUCAUACGGCAGCUUGUGAUUAAUACCAAAAUUGUUGCGCAGCUGUUUAUCGCAAUUGUGGCGCUGGCCAUUCUCUUCCUCUCCUUUGUCAUGGGCUACAAAAGCAUCUGCGUGCUCAGCUGGCUCUACGGCAUUGGCCUGGGCGGCUUUCAGUAUUCGCUCAAGAUCUUGGCGCUGGAGCGUGUGAAGCUGAAGCAUUUCUCCAAAGCCUGGGGUUUUAUACGCGGCGUGCAGAGCGUGCCGCUGCUCAUAAGCGUGCCGCUUAGCUCGUUCCUGAACGACUAUUCGCUCAAGUAUGGACGCGCGGGUUAUUACAUUUGCUCAGCCGCAGCUGCCAUAGCGGGCAUUAUAAUUUUCUUCAUCAGCGAAUCGCAGGAGCAGCAACAGCAGCAGCAGCAGCAACAUGGAGGACGCGCUCAGCUCAAUGGACAUUUGCCUACGCCCAUGCUGACGCGUCAUUCCUCAGCGCGACAGCAUCGCGCACCCAAUUUGCAUGUGGAUUUUGGUUAUACGGAUUAUCCUGCACCCGAUUUGCUCAGUCGCAGCUGCAUGAGUCUCAAUCAAAUGGAGCCAUAUUUAGCGCCAGCCGCCAGUUAUUGUCCACGUCGCCACAUGCCACAGCCGCUGCCACAGCAUCAGCAUCAGCAUCACUAUCAUCAUCACCAGCAGCAGCAGCCACAUCAGUCCUAUUCGCAUGCCCCAACGCUGCCCCUCGCCUGUCACAAUCUGCAGACGCAACAGUCAUCACGGCUGCCCUAUCAACUCGGCCAAGGCAGCAUUGGCGCCAAGAUGGGCAAACGUCUGCAGCGCAGUCUCUCGUUCAUCCAGCAGCACAGCAACUGCUGCGAUGGCCAAAUGUACUGCAGCUGGCAUAGCACCUAUGAGUUGGGAUGCCGCAAGUCCCCCAAAUCCCAGGACAGACAGCCGCUCAUUUGCACUUGUAGCAGUCCCAACUCGACAGCAUAUGGGGGAGCUGGCGCCAGCUCCGCUCGCAGCCGCAGCGUACCCGAAGGACUAUCGACAAUGUCAACGCAGUGUAACUGCCGUCAUGCCACGCCCACGCGUGAGUUUAUCUACGUGCCACACGCCUAUGCCUCAUUGCAAAGGCAAAGUCGUCAGCUCAGAUCUCAGCCACAGUCGCAGCCACAGCCACAGCCACAACCAACUCAAUGCCGUCUAAAGCGCUCGCAGUCGCUCUGUCGACCUGUACAGUUUGUAGAGCAAAUCACCACGUCCGUUUAAGCGUCGCACAGCUGUCAUUGGAACCAGCAGCGAGUGGAGUUGGGUGUACCCCAAUCCCAAUUUACGUGCAUGGCAUACAAAUUGUCGCUUUUGAUCUUGGCGCUAGUUUAGUUUUUUUAUUUUCAAAUCGAACCCACACAAGAAUGCAACUCAAUGAAUUUUUUGUAACCCUAAAACCUUCUAAGCUCUUAAACUUAAGCUAUUGCGGUUUCCUAUAUUCAACUUGCUGUUUUUUUUUUUUAUUCAAGCAGCAACUUUGCUGCCAGGCAACAAUUUUCCAAUUUUAAUAACAAAGGCAAACUCAAUGCGUUUACGUUUGAAUCAACAACGUUUGUAUACAUAUUAAAUGGUCCAUUUAUAAACGAAAAAAAAUACAAAAAGUAAUAAUAAUAAUAUACGUAUAUACAUAUGAAUUGCCAGCACAAACAAUUUAUCCACCGAUAGCAAUGCGCUGUAUACAUAAAAAAAAUGAAAACUCAAUGAAUUGAGGCAAUUAAAUAGCCGUAAGGCUCACACACACACACACACACAUACAAAUUUGCAUUUACUACUUAAAAAUUAAGAAGUAAUAAUUGAAACAGCAGAAGUCACAUCUCAGUUAUAUAAAAUUGACAGCAACAACGUUAAAAAUUGUUUUAUUUAUUGAUUACA